UCAUUGAACUUUGUCCUCAGAGAAUGCCUCCAUGCCCACAAUUUAUCACAGACAAAAACACUUCAAGUACGACGGUCAACUAACCUGUUUUUGUGCCAAGCAAGUACACUUAAAGCUCAGGCAAGAGGCAGCCGAGACGCCCUCAUUUGCUGUUAUUUCCGUAUUCUCCUAUUAAUGAGGUCGAAUGAAUGGCUUCUAGUCUCAUUUUUGUCCAGACAGAUUGCCUUCCCUCCGCUCUACCUUGAUGUACCUUGAUGUACCUUGAUGUACGGUAAUUCAUCUCAAGUGGCCGGUGGAAAUGAAAUUGGGUCUCAAGAAGACACAGAAAUAUGACUGUAAUGGAAAAAGCCUCCCACUCAAGGCUCUGUUACUGUCUGCUUCAGUACAUCCUGAUUCCCUGGCUCCAGGUGUGCUGCUGUAAUAGAUUUUUUUUUUUUACCCAAGAGGAACUGAGCCCACUCAAGGCUAUCAUCGACUCUCGAGCCAAAAAACACCAUAUUAACCGCUGUCUCCUCUAUCCCCUGUCGAUAUUACAUAUGGUCCGUGCAGUUUACACACGUGUUUGUGUGGACGUGACUGUGUUUAAACCUGUGUGUUUACAGGUGCUGCUGUGUUUCUCUCGAGAUACCGCCGUCUUGGAUCACUUCAAGUACAACAGUGCCACUCCUCCCAAAUCCUUCAUCCAGGGGAAGGGAGGAGAUGAGGAGUGUGCCGUUGUUUAUCCUCCCAACGGUGUCAUUCCUUUUCAUGGGUUUUCAAUGUACGUGGCGCCUUUGUGUUUCUUGUACAACGAGCCAUCCAAGCUGUACAGCGUUUUCAGGGAAAUGUACGUCCGCUACUUCUUCAGGUUACACUCCAUCUCCUCCUCUCCCUCGGGCAUCGUGUCUUUGUGCCUGCAGUUUGAGCGGCUGCUCCAGACCUACCUGCCUCAGCUCUUCUACCACCUUCGACAGAUCGGGGCGCAGCCGUUGCGUAUUGCCUUCAAGUGGAUGGUGCGGGCCUUUUCUGGUUAUCUGUCCACCGACCAGCUGCUUCUUCUCUGGGACCGAAUCCUGGGAUACGAUUCACUGGAGGUGGUGGCAGUCCUCGCAGCCGCUGUGUUUGCCUUCCGCGCCGAGAACCUGAUGGAAGUGACGUCACUGGCCUCCGCUGAGGUAUGUCCGUCUCACAUACGACUCGUGUACGUGUGUGUGUUUGAAAUCUCUCCCUGUCCCCCACAUACUCCUGGAUGGCCGUAAAUAGCCGUUGAUGAGCAGCCAGUACCAGUAACCCAGUCUUCUGCAUGCGCAUGUCUGAAAAAAAUGGCUGGAUAGACACUUAAGAACCCAGUUACCCCUCCCUGCGCAC